UCGGACCUCAUACUGCGGACUUCCCUUACAUGGACAGACACGGCACUCCGGGCUCAGCGCGCAACGAGGACGCACACACCCACCAAGCCGAAAGUUCUUGAGAGGAACGUGCGAACAUGGCGGAGAGACGGGUCUUCCUCCUCGUCCUCAUCAUCACGGCCGCCGUGUAUUUCCAUGGCAACGCCGCCCAGCGAACAGUCUGCACUCAAGAGGCAGUGGCCGACAUCGUGUUCAUGGUGGACGGCUCCAGCAGCAUUGGCAACAAGAACUUUGCGCAGGUGCGGCAGUUCCUGAAGACCGUGGUGCAGGGCUUCGACGUGGGCCCCAACCACGUGCGCAUCGGCCUGGUGCAGUACAGUAACGUCCCGCACACUGAGUUUCACCUGAAGACCUUCCAGGACAAGCAGGGCGUCCUGGAGUACAUCAGCGGCCUGUUGUUCCGCGGCGGAGGGACCAACACCGGCCGCGGCCUGGGGUUCCUGCUGGCCGAGCACUUCACCGCGGCCGCCGGCAGUCGCGCGGAGAGCAACGUACCGCAGGUCGCCGUCGUGAUCACGGACGGCAUGUCCCAGGACGACGUGUUGCAGCAGGCCACGGCGCUGAAGAAAAGGGGCGUUAUCUUGUAUGCCGUGGGGAUCAAGGACGCUGAUGAGGAACAGCUGCGGGAGAUUGCAAGCGCGCCACACCUCCAGCACGUGUUCAGUGUGUCAGACUUCGGCGCCCUGCAGGGCAUCUCGCUGAGUGUGGCGCAGACGCUGUGCACUAGCGUGGAGGAGGCACGUGGACAGCUCUCCCUUGUGUUGCAAGACACUUACUCCACCCCAGCAUGCGCUCGGACAUCACUGGCCGACAUCGUGUUCCUGUUGGACGGCUCCUCCAGCAUCAGCCCGGAGAGCUUCAAGGAGAUGCUCCUCUUCCUCCAGAAUUUCAUCCAGAACCUCGAUGUGGGCGCGGCCAAGGUGCGUGUGGGCGUGGCGCAGUACAGCGACCAGCCCUACAAGGAGUUCCUGCUGAAGGACCACAUGGACGAGGCCUCGCUGCUGGACCAGGUGAGCAAGAUCCCGCACCGGCAGGGAGGCACCUUCACGGGCCAGGCCAUCACCUUCCUCCAGGAGACCUUCUUCACCCCAGAGGGGGGCAGUCGCGCUGCGGAGGGUAAGGGUGUGCCCCAGAUCGCCGUGGUGAUCACAGACGGGGACUCGUCGGACGACGUGCUGGAGCCCGCGCGGCAGCUGCGACAGAAGGGGGUGAUCGUGUUCGCCAUCGGUGUCGGCGGUUCCAAUGCGGCAGAGCUGCAAGGCAUCGCCAACCGACCGCACGAGCGUUUCCUGUUCAGCAUCAACAGCUACCAGGCCCUCCAGCAGCUGACCGACAGGCUGCUGCAGAUCCUCUGUGUGUCGGUCGAGGACAAACACACUGCCUUGGUGCAAAAGUUUUCCGACAUCUACUUCCUGGUGGACAGCGGCCUGAGCACGACCGACUUCCAGCUGAUCAAGGCAAUGCUGACGCGCCUGGUCAACCAGCUCAACGUGGGAGAUAUGGCCCAUCGCAUCGGCCUGGCCCAGUACGGCCGGGACACCAAGGUUGAAUUCCUAGCCAACCAGCACAUUACCAGAGAGGAGUUGAUGGCCAACGUCCGGCGUUUUCGUGCGCGUCGUCUCCAGGCCAACGAGCAGCGCAACCUGGGUGGCGCACUGACCUACGCCGCCAAUAAAUUCUUCAGCACCAGGGCAGGAAGCCGCGAGGACUUGGGCUUCCGGCAGUUCUUGGUGGUCGUGUCCGGGGCCAACUCCAGCGACAGCGUCUACCAACCAUCCCGCCUGUUGAAGUCCGAGGGGGUGACGGUGAUGGGCAUUGGCCUCGGCUCCGGCAUGACGCAACAGAUGAAGACAGUGGCCACUGCCCCAUACGUUUACCAGUCUGCCAACAUCGUGCCCGUGCUGAAGGCGGCGUUUGAUGCUGAGGAAGAGCGUGCCGAAGUAAUUGAAGAUUGUUUAGCGGCAAGAGUAGCUGAUGUCGUCUUCAUUGUGGAUGAGUCGGGAAGUAUCGGUGGUACCAACUUUCAGUUGAUGCGCACUUUCCUGCAGAAAAUGGUGGAACGCCUUGACGUCCAGCCAAACAGAAUACGGGUUGGCAUAGUCAUGUACAAUGACAAUCCUAAGGGCCGGGUCUUCCUCGACACCUUUAAUGACAAGAAUGAGAUCCUCCAGUUCAUCAAGAUUUUGCCCUACCAUGGAGGAGGCACCAAAACAGGCCUAGCGCUGAAUUUUACUCGCCAGGAAGUCUUUGUGAAAGAUCGGGGAAGCCGGAGAAGCCAAGGCGUCCAGCAGGUUGCAGUGGUGAUCACUGAUGGAGAAUCUCAGGAUGAGGUGGAAAAGGAGGCGGCAGACCUGCGUCGUGAUGGGGUCACGGUCUACGCCAUCGGAAUCAAAGAUGCAAACAAGACCCAGCUGGUGCAGAUGGCAUCCCACCCUGCGAAAAAGCAUAUGUUCAUUGUCGAUAGUUUCACCAAACUGAAGACCUUGUUGAAGACCCUGGAGAAAAUCGUGUGCAGCAACAUCCUCCAUCAGUCGUUUACAAUCAACACAAGAAGAACUUUUAUCAAAGAAGGAUGUAUGCAAACAGACGAAGCCGACAUAUUCUUUUUGAUCGACCAAUCAGGAAGUAUUUGGCCCAACGACUUCACAGACAUGAAGAAAUUCAUAACUGAGUUCCUUCACACCUUCCGCAUUGGCCCAGACCACGUCCGCAUUGGUCUUGUUAAAUAUGCAGACUCGCCCACCUUAGAGUUUGACCUGACCACGUACACUGACAGCAAAACCCUGGAGAAGGCAGUGUUAGACAUCCGACAGGUCGGCGGCGGUACCGAGACUGGACGUGGCUUGAGAUUUAUGGAGGACCUGUUUGAGAGAGCCGUGAAAACUCGUGGGCACAAAGUCCCCGAGUACCUAAUCGUCAUCACGGACGGGAAGUCAACUGACGAGGUCAAAGUUCCUGCCGGAAAACUGAGAGCCCAUGGCGUCAUCAUCUAUGCAAUCGGAGUGAAGAGUGCAGAAGAGGAAGAGCUGAAUGAGAUCUCUGGAAGCCCGAAGAAGACCUUCUUAGUGAAUAAUUUUGAUGCCCUGAAGCCAAUCAAGGAUGACAUUAUCACUGACAUGUGUUCACUAGAUGCCUGCAGGGACAUUCCAGGGGAUCUCCUCUUCUUGAUCGACAGCUCUGGAAGCAUCCGAUCAGACGAAUACCAAAAGAUGAAGGACUUCAUGAAAGCCAUGGUUGGCAAGUCUCAGGUUGGACAGGAAAUGGUGCAUGUGGGAGUCAUGCAGUUCAGCACCAUCCAGAAGCUGGAGUUCCAGCUCAAUAACUUCUACGACAAAGGAGACAUGUGGAAAAAUAUUGACGACAUGCAGCAGCUGGGCGGAGGCACGCACACGGGCCAGGCCCUGAACGAAGUCUCCCUGUACUUUGACCUUGCCAGCGGGGGUCGUCCGGGGAUAAGACAGAACCUGAUUGUGAUCACUGAUGGCGAGUCCCAGGAUCAGGUGAAGGGGCCGGCUGAGGUGUUGAGGCAAAAGGGUGUGACCAUCUUCUCCAUCGGUGUGGUCAACGCCAACACCACACAGCUUCUGGAGAUCAGUGGCUCCGAGGAAUUUGUGUUCACUAAGAGGGACUUUGAUGCCCUGAAGGACUUGGAGAGCGAGCUGGCUCUGCGUCUCUGUGAGAGAGAGUGCAAGAAGACGGAGGUGGCAGACAUUAUCUUCUUGGUUGAUGGCUCCACCAGCAUCACCGACCAAAAGUUCAAGAACAUGCAGAAGUUCAUGGAGUCCAUCGUAAACGAGACCUCCGUCGGCGUGAAUAUGACGCGUUUUGGCGUCAUCCUUUACUCCAGCGAAGCCAAAUCCAAUUUCACCCUCAAAGAGUAUUCCUCCAAGAGACAGGUGUUGAAGGCCAUCCAGGCGCUCGAGUCCCCGAAUGGAGACACCUACACAGGCAAGGCCUUGGCCUACACACUGCAGUACUUUGAAGAGAAGUAUGGCGGCCGCCGGGCCUCCAAGGUGCCCCAGAUCCUGAUGGUGAUCACAGAUGGUGACGCCACCGACCCAAACAACCUGAAGGCUCCAUCCGUGGCGCUGCGUGAGAAGGGCAUCAGCAUUUACAGCAUCGGAGUGGAGGGUGCCAACAAGGCUGAGCUGGAGAUCGUGGCUGGGGAACCCUCCAGGGUCUUCUUUGUGGACAACUUUGAGGCCCUGGACACCCUUUACAAAAACAUCUCCCAUAUCCUCUGCAGCGACACCAUUCCUGUGUGUAAGAAAGAGAAAGCGGACCUCGUUUUGCUGGUCGACACAUCGGAGAGCAUCACCGACGCUGACUACAGCACCAUGAAGACCUUCAUGACCAACCUCGUUGGCAGCUUCAAGAUCAGCCAGGACCUGGUGCGUGUGGGUGUGGCGCAGUUCAGCAGCCAACCGAAGAAGGAGUUCUACCUGAACCAGUUCAACACGGAGGAGGAGGUGACCAAGAACAUCCUGGACAUGGUGCAGCAGAAGGAAGGAACCAUGAUCGGACGCGCUCUGGACUUCAUCAAGAGUUACUUCAAGACGUCCGCCGGGAGCCGCAUCAAGAGCAGCGUCUCCCAGAACCUGGUGUUGUUGACGGACGGCGAAUCCAACGACAACGUGGUGCAGGCGGCUGAGGUGCUCCGGGAGAUGGGCAUCGAGAUCUUUGUCAUCGGCAUCGGCGCCGUCAACAAGCUGGAGCUGAAGAAGAUCACAGCCAACUCAGACCGCAUUUUCACCGUCCAGGACUUCGGCUCACUGGCCAAGAUCAAGCAGAAGGUGGUGGAAACCAUCUGCGAGCCCGGUAUCCAAAAUCAUACAUCACCUGCCUGCAGUAUCGAUGUGGCCAUUGGUUUUGACAUGUCCCAGCGCUCCGGGUCCCAGCUGCUGGUCAGCGGGUUCCCCAAGCUCCGGGCGGCCCUGCCGGAGAUCCUCCACUAUGUGUCCACACUGAACAGCCUCUGCUGCGUCCAGAACACGCCCAUCAAACCCAACAUCGCCUUCAGGUUGGUCGGCGAAGACGGGCGUACCCUGGACGAUUACAACUUUGAGCCGUUCAGCGAGGCGGUGGUGGACAAGGUCAUGAACCUGCAGAUGUCAGAGACCACCUUCUUCAACACGGCCCUGCUCACCUCCUUCCAGGAGAAGUUCAACACCCAGUCCAAAGCCGGCGCCAAGGUGCUCGUGGUCUUCACAGAUGGUUUGGAUGAAGAUGUUAUGAAGCUAGAGCAUCAGUCUGAGCUGCUGCGUCUGUCUGGGGUGAAUGCCCUGCUGGCGGUGGCGCUGGACGGUGUGCGUGACUCCAGCCAGAUCCAGAUGGUGGAGUUCGGUCGAGGGUUCGGCUACAAGGUCCCCCUCAGCGUGGGCAUGCAGAGCGUGGGCAGUACCUUGCUCAAACAGAUUGACGCCGUGGCCGAGCGAGAGUGCUGUGGUGUCAUGUGUAAAUGUUCGGGACAUGAAGGAAGCCGAGGCUCGCGAGGAUCCUCAGCUGCAAAGGGGGGUCCCGGACCUAAAGGUCAUCCAGGAUUCCCAGGAGAGGAAGGGACUGCCGGCGACCGAGGCCAUCCCGGACCCUCAGGGGCCCGAGGAAUCCAGGGAUGCCCAGGGACCAGAGGACAGAAGGGCAAUCGGGGUCACCGUGGCGACAAGGGUGAAGAGGGUGAUUUUGGACUGGAUGGAGUCGACGGAGAGCAGGGUGAAGCAGGCUUGAAGGGAGCUUUAGGAGAUAGAGGACGUCCAGGCAAUGCGGGCAGCACAGGGAUUCCAGGAGAGGGAGGAGUCCAAGGACAACGAGGACUUAGAGGAGACCCGGGGGCAGCUGGAUCAGACAAUGCGGAGGUGGGACCAAAAGGAGAACUAGGAAACACUGGUAUGCCGGGCAGUCCAGGGGAGGAUGGCGUGAACGGGGAGAGUGGAAUCGAGGGAAACGAGGGACCAAAAGGAAGACGAGGACCCAUGGGAGAAAAUGGUCUGAAUGGAGAGUCGGGCAUUGUAGGAGAAGCAGGAAGCCGCGGCCCUUCAGGAUCCCGGGGACCCCAAGGGACCAGAGGUCAACCGGGCCCCAGAGGAAUCCAGGGCCUUGCUGGACCUCAGGGCAGGCCAGGGGCUGAUGGACCAGGCGGUUUAGCUGGACGACGUGGAGCAAAUGGACAGAAGGGACAACAAGGCGACUCGGGGCCACAAGGAGUGACAGGCCCACUGGGGUCCAGAGGAAUGCCAGGGCAAGAUGGCAGAGAUGGGUAUGGAAUUACUGGACCGACCGGAACUAAGGGAGAUCCUGGUUUUCCCGGAUAUCCUGGUGUUCCGGGGGACAGCGGACUAGAAGGACCCCAUGGAGACCCUGGGCCCAAAGGAAUCCUCGGCAGGGGGGGAGUCGCGGGAUAUCCUGGAGAAUCGGGCGAGACAGGAGGACCAGGGCAUCCUGGACACACGGGCACCAGAGGUCCUCCAGGGUUCAGGAACAUGUCUGAGUGUCAGCUGAUAACCUACAUCCGAGACAACUGCGCCUGCUCCCAAGGCUUUGCAUGCCCGGCCUACCCCACAGAGCUGGUGUUCGGCCUGGACAUGUCACAGGACGUCACGCCGGACGCCUUCGAGAGGAUGCGCUCGUCCCUGCUGGCGUUGCUGGAGGACGUCUCCAUCUCUGAGAGCAACUGCCCCACGGGGGCGCGCGUGGCCGUGGUGGGCUACAGCGCCCACACCAAACAACUCAUCCGCUUCAACGACUACCACCGCAAGAGGCAGCUGAUCGAGGCGGUGAAGAACAUCGCCCUGGAGCGCACGGCCAACCGACGGCAUCUUGGCGCCGCCAUGCGCUACGUGGGCAACAACAUGUUCAAGCGCGUGCGGCAGGGCGUGAGGGUGAGGAAGGUGGCGGUGUUCUUCAGCAACGGGCCGGCGCAGGACAGUGAAGACAUCGUUACUGCCAUGAUGGAGUACCGCGCCCUCAACAUCAUGCCGGCAGUAGUGGCGCUCCGGCAGAGCACCAAAAUCCAGCAGGCCCUCCAGGCUGACGACACGGGCAACUCUAUCUUCCUGUUGCUUGGCCGCUCACUGAACCUUGCCAACGAUCUGCGGAUGAUUAAGAGCUGCGUCAUCUGCUACGACCCCUGCAGGCCUGUGUCCGACUGUGUCAGUAUUCAGGAGAUCCCCGUGCCCCAGGUCCUGGAUGUGGACCUGGCCCUAGUUGUGGAUGGCUCCAGGCAGGUCCAGGGUGACCAUUACUCGGGUGUCCAGGAGCUGCUUGGCUCCGUGAUGGAGCAGGUGGCCGUCAGCCGUCAGCCCCGCCGGGCCGACAGCCAGGCCCGGGUGGCCCUGGUCCAGCAGAGCGGCUCACUCCACUCCCAGGCUCCUGUUCCGGGUCAGCAGGCCGCCAAGUUAGAGUUUGGUCUGCAGACCUUCCAGGGUAAGAGCCAGAUGAAGAGCCACGUGCUGGAGAAGAUGGUGCAGCAGGGGGGCCCCUCGGCCCUGGGCCACACCCUGGAGUUCACCCUGAAGGAGGUGCUGCUGAACGCCAACAGCCCCAGGAAGAACAAGGUGAUGAUGGUGGUGGUGGGGGCCGAGACCCCCAGCUGGGACCAGGCCAAGCUUCGCCAGGUGGCUAAGGAGGCCAAGUGCAAGGGGGUAGCCGUGUUCGUGGUGGCCCUGGGGGAGCACUACAACCGGGCCCAGGUGUCAGAGCUGGCCAGCACCCCUCUGGAGCAGCACCUCAUCUGCCUGGGCCAGCUGAGGGCCGAGGAGCAGGGCUACGCCCAGCGCUUCAUCAGGAGCUACCUCUCCGUACUCAACGCGGGGCUGAACACUUAUCCACCUGUCGCUCUGAAGAAGACAUGUCAGCUGAUCAACAACCAACAGGAAGGGGUGAAAAACGGCCAGGGGCAAGUGGAUUUCAAUGAGCAGGAGCAGUUUGAGAUGCUGACCGGAACAAGGACUGAAACACUGCUGGGCCCGCAGGACCUUGUGGGGUCAGUUUCCAGCGUAGGGGGAGGGGUCCUGUCUGCCAGACCCGAGCCUAACGCCCUGUGUCAGCUCGAUUCAGACUCUGGUACCCAGUGUCCUGAAUCUGUCCAACGCUGGUUCUAUGACAGAGCCGUGGGUGCAUGCUCGCCAUUCUGGUAUGGUGGCUGUGGCGGCAAUGCUAACCGCUUUAACACGGAACAUGAAUGUUUCCAGACAUGUGUCACUGAUAUUGAUUCCUCCCUACUGGGAACGAGUCAAAGCAAGACUCCAAAAAAGGAUGACUGUUUCCUGGGCCAGGAAGUGGGUCCAUGUCAGAACUACACAAUGAGUUGGUCCUUUGACUCGGAGCAGAGCGAGUGUACUCGCUUCUGGUACGGCGGCUGCGGCGGGAACAGCAAUCGCUUCAAGACGCAGGAGGACUGUGAGAACCUCUGUCUGACCAAGAGCGGGUAGAACCGCGCUCACAUCAGAACCACCAGACCGCCCCACCACGGCAUCUCAACCCUCCCCUGGUCAUGGGGAGGCGGAGCUCGCUGCUGUCCAACCAAAAUGCAUUCAAAUACAUGAUGUACUACAAUGAAAUCAAAAUGCCUUUAAACUGACCAUCAAUCAUCCAUCUCAGACACUUGUAGUGUCGUGGGGUCGAAAGACAAUUCAACACUGAUAUAUCGUAUUGUUUUUGGUCAGAAGUUAUAACCACUUAUGAGUUGUGAACAAACUGUGGGCCAGCUGUAUUUAAACACUUGUGAGCCAUACCUAAAUUCCUUCCAGACGCAAGUAGGGUGGGCCCAUUGCUUUUUCUAAAUGGAUUGUAUUUUUGGCCCAUGAAAAGCUUUCAAAAUGUCUAUAUAAAUUGCUUUUUAUAUUUUUAGAGAUCUGACACCGGAGACCCCCCCCCCACACACACACACACACACGCGCACACACACACACACACACACCCGAGAGAGUGCCAAGGAGCAGUGGGGACUGCUCCUCAGGUGCAGCUCAGGAACACCCAGAAUGUACCCUUAACUUAUAGACACUUAACACUUAGGACUCCAACCCUUCUCUGGAGGAAUCAGAACCAGGGCAGGAGAAGGAGGCGGUUGAGAGGGUGAUGGAUUUCACGUUAGAACAGUCUAUGGAGAUGAGGGACAUCAUCUCAGGUUCUAACCAAGGCCUACAGAAAGCUUCUGCUACCAUUUGAUCUGUUCCUCCGUGGAUGUAAACAGGUCACUGGAGGGGCUGGAUAGGCCCAGAGCUUCCCGGGAACCCUCCAUAAAAGGGUCUAAAGUCUGGACGACGGGCGGAGCUGAGAUCCAGCCGCAAGGGCUUGGUCUGUUUGUUUUCCCCUUCAGGCUCUCGCUAUUUGGAAAUAAGGGAUCACCCUGAUGUCCCAUGGUUUAGUCUACCGACCACUUGUGUUUCUUGUUAAUAAAAUUAGUGUUCUUUUGG